GAGGAAAUCACACCGGGUAAAGAUGGCGUCAGGGAAGAAAGCGGGGAGUGAGAGUGGUGAAACUGCUGUGAAUGGGAGAUGGUCAACAAAACACAAAGACAGCGGCUCUGCAGCUGUUGAGGACAAGAACAGAGAAGAGGACCCAGCCAUGAUUUCAGAUGCCGUGAUGGACAACAAGGCGGUGUUCACGGCCCUGUACGACGUCUGCGAGGAGAACGCCGCCUUCUUCUCCGGGGGCCGCAAGGGCCCGCAGGGCGACGCCGCCCGCCGCCUGGUGGAGGCCAUGACGCUCAUCCAGGACCACGCCCGCAGCCUGGAGCCCGUCGUCUCCGGCUUGGCCGCCGUCUACCACCACUUCGACUUCGAGCCGCAGAUCCCCGCCAACGGCUACCGCUCCCUCGUCAAGGUGGUGCGCUGCUGCCUUCUCCACAUCAUCCACAAGGGGCGCUACAUCGCCUCCAGCCGGCGCAGCAUCUUCUUCCGGGCGGCGCACAACGCGGGCGAGAUGGAGGCGUACUGCAGCGCCCUGUGCCAGCUGCGCGCGCUGCUCUACCUGGCGCAGCGGCUGCUGCACGACAACAGCCACGGCAACCUGUUCUUCCAGGAGGAGAGCGGGCUGAGCCGCAGCUUCGUGCGCGAGUACGCCUCCAUGCACAAGGGCUGCUUCUACGGCCGCUGCCUGGGCUUCCAGUUUACUCCAGCUAUCCGUCCGUUCCUGCAGACCAUUGCCAUCGGCCUGGUCUCGUUCGGGGAGAACUACAGGAGGCACCAGUCUGGAAUAGUGGAGGCAGAAGGUAUUGCGCAGUACGGAAUGGCCGCCAGCUCCUUCUUCACGUCUGGCAAGUACGCCAUCGACCCCGAGCUGCGGGGGGCGGAGUUUGAGCGCAUCACUCAGAACCUGGACGUGCACUUCUGGAAGACCUUCUGGAACAUCACGGAAACGGAGGUGCUGUCGAGCCUGGCCAGCAUGACGUCUACCCAGGUGAAGGUGAACCGCGCCCUGUCCGUGCCCCCCGUGCCCUUUGACCUCCCGCUGGCCUCAGACCCCCAGCUGACUGUGACCGUGGCUCCGCCCACCGCCCACUAUGGCCCCGCCCCCAUCCAGAUGCGUCUGAUCUCCCAUGAGCUGCGUGAAGGACAGGACAGCGAGGAGCUGCUGGCCAUGGCCCGGGCGGAGGGGGCCCCCCUGUCCCUGUCCCUGGGGCUGAAGAGCAGGCGCGGCCCCCGCUCCCCCUGGCUCCUGGUGCACUUCCACGGGGGCGGAUUCGUGGCCCAGACGUCCAAAUCGCACGAGCCCUACCUGAAGAGCUGGUCCCAGGACCUGGGCGUGCCCAUCCUGUCGGUGGACUACUCCCUGGCCCCGGAGGCCCCGUUCCCGCGGGCCCUGGAGGAGUGCUUCUACGCCUACUGCUGGGCCCUGAAGAACUGCCACCUGCUGGGCUGGACGGGCGAGCGGGUGUGUCUGGGCGGAGACAGCGCCGGGGGGAACCUGUGCCUGACGGUGUCCAUGCGGGCGGCCUCCCAGGGCGUGCGCAUGCCCGACGGCAUCAUGGCGGCCUACCCCGCCACCCUGCUGACGGCCUACGCCUCGCCGUCGCGCCUGCUCACGCUCAUGGACCCGCUGCUGCCCCUCAGCGUGCUCUCCCGCUGCCUCAGCGCCUACGCCGGUACGGAGCCCCUGGUGGAGAAGCAGGUGGAGAAGGUGAGCACGCUCAGCAUGGUGAGGAGAGACACCGCCCUGCUGCUCCGGGACUUCAGACAGGGGGCCGCCAACUGGAUCAACUCCCUGCUGGACCCCAACCGAGCCACCGCUGACUCUCUUGUUCCUACAGUUUGUUGGCGCCUGUGGGCUUUUCUCAGGCACCCUUUGACCUUUAUGAUGACUUUGCUCCGCCUCCCCAGCCCUGUCGCUUCCUCUGACACGGUGAGGAAGAGCGUUUCCGAGGCCACCCUCACCUCGCUGCACUCCGACCCCCCCGUGCCGCUGGAGAACCCCCAGUUCUCCCAGUUCUCCCUGCGCAAGGACACCCUGAAGAGCGCGACCUGCCAGGACCUGGGGGCCCACCUCGGCCCCGCCCCCGCCCACACCAGCCUCCCGCCGCUCCUGGAGGACACGGCUGAGGACGUCAGCUUCUUCGUCGCCGCGGACGACGAGCCCUCCGUCGGCGCCUCGGCGGACGAGGACCCGGACGCGUACGUCCGCGAGUUCCCCGAGGGCUUCGAACCCGUGCGCUCGGAGCACCUGGCCGAAAUGAGGCUGCAGAGCUCGCCCAUCGUCCGGAACCCCUACAUGUCCCCCCUGCUGGCCCCCGACAGCAUGCUGAGGGGCCUGCCCCCCAUCCACAUAGUGGCCUGUGCACUGGACCCCAUGCUGGAUGAUUCGGUGAUGUUUGCCAAGAGACUGAGGAACGUUGACCAACCGGUGACGCUGUGCGUGGUGGAGGACCUCCCCCACGGCUUCCUCAGCCUAUCGCAGCUCUCCCGGGAGACCCGGGAGGCUGCCGGCGUCUGCGUGGAGCGAAUCAGGGCGGUCUUCACCCAGCAGGCCCCGCCUCCGGCCACACGCAAGCACCGCAAGCUGGAGAGGACCGGCCAAAGCUUCCGCAUCGCCAGGCCCCCGGGGGGGUCCGUGCGGGAGGAGGAUCGGUCGCCACCAGGGGGCGGGGUUAAUAGUAUGGAAGGGGAGGAGUCACCUGAGGGAGCUUCACAGAGUGGUUCCGACAGCAGAGAGAUAGGAGCUUAGCGGGCAGAGUGGAAGAGGGGGGAUGAAAACAGAGAGAAAAGAAGGUGUGAGAGGAUGGAGGCAAAAUGAACAAAUACUAAGGUUUAAAGAACAGGAGUAAAAGAACAAUGAAGUGGUGCUUAACAGUGGGACUGCGCUGAGCCUGAGGAGGGAGCCAGUCUCACCAGGGGGGGCCUCUGUACGCCAUUCAGCACCAGUGGCUGUGUGGAUUUCUCUGCUGCUGCUGCUGCUGCUGCUGCUGCUUGCUCUUGCACUAUAUAGAGACCGCCGGGUCCAUUGUGAACCUUAAACACACACACACACACACACACACACACACACCUUCUACAGGAGGCUGUGUGCUGCGCGUUCGCAAUCGUUAGCUAAAGCACGCACGGAACUCUCCGUGGAGAGCAGAGAACACACAAACAUGCGCGCGCGCACGCGCGCACAUUCUCAUACGCACAGACAUUGCCUUUGGCUUGAAGCAAGAUUGCAAAUGUGAGUCAAAAAAAAACUGGAACUGCAUUCAGAGUUGUCAAUCGUACAACUGUGAUGUCUAAAGUAGAUAACCAUUUUGAGCAUAUGUAUAUAAUAUAUAUAUAUAUAUAUAUGCACUUACAUAUACAUAUGUGUACAUAUACAUAUGUACAUGCAUAUGUGUAUGUUUUAUUUUUGUAUAGAGCUACUGGAACAAGUUGUACUCUUCUCUAAUGUGCUGCCUUAUUAACAUGAAUUCAAUAAGUUUCAAUUUUAGAGGUUUAGGGGCUUUUUAUAACCACUGAGUCCAUUUACAUUUGGUACUGUAUUUACUGUACAUAUAUCUACAGAUUGUGGCUUUGAAGAUUUCUAAAGCUCAGUAAAGAAAAGAAUUAAGCAUAAACUGCAGAGAUGCAGUUGAAUUGCGUGGAAAGAUCAAAUACAGUAACUCUCCUUAUUGCUGGCCUUUGGCUGUGGCCCUGUGAACUGAUAUUACACUAGUAGUGCUUUUUGAUUUCUUUAAUGCUUUUAGAUGAGGGAAAUGGUGAAACGGGUGGGAGGAAUAGUUGGGUCUUGGGUCACCUCCGGCGUAAGUAGUAUUGUUUUGCUGUUGACAUGUGCGAUUUGUCCUAAUUUUAACUGAGGCAGCCGCUCAUCUUGGUUGCCUUGUUGGUUUAAUGUGUGGUUUUGGUAGUCCGAGUUGUGCCUGCUAGACGCAGCGCACUGCCGAGCUCAGCCUGGGGGCUCAUACUGCGAAGCAAUGUAAUUAUUGCAUUGCUGUUGGUCAUUAUGACCCAUAGGAUGCAGCAGUUGCAUGUUUGCUUUGCAAGUCAGCCACUGUCGUGCUCAUUCGCUGAGCAAAAUCAGCUUGUGCUGUGCUAAUCUCUUUACUAAGAGCAGCGGUGCUUCCGUUUUUUAGGACAAAGCAAAGCGGCUGGUAGUUACCACAAAAGGGGAAAAAAAAAUACAUAAAUAGAGAAUGGAGUAGUUUUGAAAUACUGAAGUCAGUAGAUCAGCAAAAACAAAAACCGUCCCCAUGUUUGACCCCUGCGAGAGCAGGUGAGGUUUGUGCGGGUAACAUCAUUACUUUCCUGCCAACUUUGAUCCCCCCCCCGACCUCAGCCCAACGUCACGUUCAGCUCCCUCUCCCCACAGAGGCGUCCAAUCAGAGCGUAUCUCGGGUCCCGCGGGCGUCUCCAUACCGACCCACUUCCGCGGGCCUCUCCGGCUCCCGGAGCUCGUCCGGAGAUUAUUUCGGGCCAGUUCCCCGAGCGGCGAGCGGCCUUCGCCACAGAACGGCCCGUUCUCCCCGAGCGCAGCGCUGAGCUCCAGCUCCGAUUCCUGCGCUGCGCCUGCGCUGUGCCGCGUAACUGUGCCGCGCCGCCCUGCGCCGUCCCCUCGUUAACACAGAGCCUCGCUAGCGCUCCCGCGUAGUGGUAGCGUGACGCCGAGCGUGCGUGGGGUCGCCUCUACUGACGCUGAGGUCUCGAUCGCCCCUGUUCACCCAGUCCUUUUGGCUGGGUUAGAUUUAAGCCGGAUCUCGGGCUAUCUGUGGAACCUCUGUUGCCGCUGUGUUGACGUUACCUGUAAUGCCUGUAAUGACAUUACGUAUCCCAGAAUGCAUUUGGAAGGAGCACUGCACUAGCGUGACCUUGUAGUCGCUGUGGGAUGUUUUGGGGUGGGGGGAGGGGGGGGGGGGAAGUGGCUGAGGCGGAGAAUGGAAUGAUCCGGGCCCUGAGGUUUGGAGCCAGCCGUCUCUCUGGGCUCAGACACGGGUGUGAAAGUCAGCUCUGGCCUGUGUGACUCGAACCGCACGCUGCCUACUGUGAUAAGGGGCGGGUGGUGUCUGCGAGGGGAGGCUGUCUGCGAGGUUUUCUCCACCGGCUGCUCACUUUUAGCCGCUCUUAGUUCAUGUUUUUCUGUGUGGGUUUAUGGGUGAUUGGUGUGUGUUUAUGGGUGACCGGUCUGUGUUUAUGGGUGACUGGUGUGUGUUUAUGGGUGACCGGUGUAAUGCUGGUUUUGACGUCCACACUUUUGUGGGAUCUGACUGUACGGUUUUAGCUGUGUUUGGCUGUCUGUCUCUGAUAUGGUGCUCUCCGUUGAGUUAGUUUGUGCCUGUGUGCGUGUCGUCUCGUCUGCAUUCCUGUUGUGAGUAGCAGCAUGCAUGCCUCUUAGUUUGCGUGUGUGUGUUUGUGUGUGUGCAUGAGCACGCGUUUGUGCCCAUGUGUGUUUUAUGUAUGUAUGUAUGUAUGUAUGUGUGCGUGCAUGUGUGUAUGAGCAUGCAUGUGCACGUGUGUGUGCAUAUUUAUGUAUGUAUGUGUGUGUUUGUGUGGUUUGUGUGUGUGUGGGGUGUUGUGUCUGCGUCUGUAUUUGUGCUUGUGUUUGUGUGUGCGAGAGGGAAUAGAGACUGAUUAAGUGCAAUCUGGUUUGAGAUAUCAACUGCAAUAGACUGGGGCCCCGAGCAGCAGGACGUCGUGGACUGGGGCGCUCAAACGCUCUGCGAUGCUGCUUGCGUCAUCAUCCCCACCUCCUCAUGUCAAAAGAUGGACACUCCGGGGGCAGAGCGAUCAAGAGCGCCCCCUGGUGUGUCUUGUUUUGGACUCAAUUUCCAUAGUCGUCUUUGCGCUAUAUGGGGGCCAAUUAACAACACUUUUAAAACCAAUUUAAUUCAUUACACACUUGUAUUCAUUUUUUAAUUUUUUUUUUUUUUUUUUUGAAAGAACCCUAAAUAUUUCUUGCCGAAUGUUUGGAAAUAUUAUUUAUCUGUUAAGUUCAGGGCGCAAAUUUGUGGCAGGGUUUAGUUAAUGCGCAGAUAAAAUGUGAAUUCACGAAUGAGAACAAUAGCAUCCUUCAUUGGAAGAAUUUUUAUAUUUUUUGAAGUAUUCAUUACUUUGGUAUUAACCUCUUCACUUUGCUUUUAUUAUAGUAACUAAAACUAUUGCUGUUUUUUUAAGUACGGCAUCUGUUAAAUUUCAAUAUUCAAUUUCCCCGUUGCAUGUGGGCUGUAUGAUGAAGAUUACUGUAAGAUCUAGAAAUCAGAUGUUCCCUGUCCGGAACCAUAUCCAAUGUAUAGACAAAUUUAAUCGUACCUUUUUAUUUAAUACUCCCGCUUGUCUCCGAGGUGGAGCUCACCCUUGAUCGCUGCAUAUCGUUAUUGAGCCUCGAGCGCGGCGGGUAUUGUUUCCACUGAAGGGAUGCUGGUGUCCUCUACCACAGCACAGAUUAAUGUGCAUUAAUUAAAGUAUGCCUACGUAAGAUGCAGUUUAUCUGAUGGAACUUGAAGAAGCAUAAUCUAAUACGUUUCGAUGUCGCUGAUCCAAUACACAAUACCACCUGGAAUUGCAUUGUAUUAACAUCGAUGUCAAGUUCCGUUGUUAUUAGGAGGUUGAGUCGAUUUUGCAGAUAAGUUCAUGUUUGAUCUUUUCCAGCUUCCAACAGAUAAUCUGCGUCACAUGCCAGAAGUGAAUGUAGUAGUAAGGGUGGCCUAUGUCAGUCAAUAGAGACAGAAAGCUGUUUUACGUUUUUAUUGUUGAUUUAUCUAAUGUACUGAAAACACCGCAAGUGCAAACCUGUGUAAACAUGAAUGUAUCAAACACGAUAAAGCUCAUUCAAAAAUGUUUUUACUUAUCUUUCUCAUUUCCUCCUACUGUCAAUUUAUUGAUCUUGGUUCUGACUAUGCAGAGUUUAAAUUCUGUAUAUAUAUAUAUAUAUAUGAAACAUAGCAGUUUUAUUGCUGUAAUUUUUCGUUUUUAUUGGAAUAAAAAUAUUCUAUGAACAUUC